AGACAUACUUAAUAACACAGCAAAAGAUAUUUCAACUUCUUUUCUGACUAAAAGAACUUCAUAUGAAACAUUUAUGAUCAAACCUAAAGAAAAAGUUGAAGUACAAGUCAAAAAAGUUUCAGUUAAGAAUAAGAAGCAAAAGGAUGCUAAUGUAUCUACACGAAAAGUCAUAUCACAAUACAAAUCAUCGAUUCUAGCAUUAAAAGAACAUAUAAAUAUUGAAUACUAA